AUGGUAGGCUAUUACAAUCAACAGACUCGGACUGUCGACGUUGAUGACAUCACUGAACAGGUACUCACUAGCAGUCUGACAACGGUGUUCCUCCCAGUUGUGUACAUCGUCGUGUUUGCGGUGGCUUUGCCUACUAAUGCUAUGGCAAUAUGGGUAUUCCUCUUCAGAACAAACAAAAUGCAUCCGGCUGCUAUUUACAUGGCCAACUUGGCUUUGGCAGAUCUGCUUUUUGUGAUCUGGAUCCCUCUGAAGAUUGCUUACCACUUAAAUGGGAAUAAUUGGACUUUUGGAGAAGAACUCUGCAAAGUCUUUAUAGGAUUCUUCUAUGGGAACAUGUACUGCUCCAUUCUCUUUAUCGCUUGCUUGAGUGUUCAGCGCUACUGGGUUGUAGCACACCCUCUCUCUCAACAGAGGAAGAACAACACGGUGGCCAUUAUUGCCUCUGUGUGUAUUUGGGUUUUUAUUUGGGUCAGUACCACCCCUCUGUAUCUCACUCCCCAAACUGCCCAACUCACCAGCCCAAACAUCACCACUUGCCACGAUGUGAAUGUCAUCCACUCAGACCCUGCCCAGGAUGCCUUGGGUGAAUAUGAAAAACGUUUUGAGUAUAUCCAGCACUCAUACUACUACUUCAUGGUAAUGGCAGGCAUGGUAUGCUUCGUUCCAUCUCUGGUGAUCAUUGUGGCUUAUGUCCUGCUCCUCCGAGCUUUGGGAGUCUCUAAGAUGGACGUGAGCAGCAAUAAGAAACGUCAGAAGGCGGUGCUCCUCAUUGUGACGGUUCUGAUCACAUUUCUGGUGUGUUUCAUCCCCAGUAAUGUGACGCUGGUGAUCCACUAUGUUCUUGUGAAGAAUGGGGUAAAAAAUCAUGGUUAUGGCUUCUAUAUCACAACACUGUGCUUGAGUAGUCUCAACAGCUGCCUGGACCCUUUCAUUUACUAUUACGUGUCCGAGGACUUCCGUGAUCACGUGAAGAACACCCUUCUUUGCAGGAGUGACCGUACCGUGAAAAGAAUGAAGGUGUCUUUCAGUUCUAUGAAAUAUUCCAAGAGGACCAACACAUACACAUCUGAGACUCAAACUAGCUCCUGUUGA